CUUUUUAUUUAUAUUUAUUCAACCUAAUUGCGAGUUAAUGGUCGCAUUGAGUAGUAGUGUUAAAUGAGUUGUAAUUUUAUCGAUUAAAUAGUAAAUUAAUUAAAUGCGCGAAAAUGUUGUGCAAAAUAUUGCGAAAGGUAUUCAAAUUUUUUCUCUACAGAGACUGCAUUAGGGAUAGAGUGGAAAAGUGGGUGACUAUAGCCCUGUCCCUGUUUUACGGGUACCUGGUGCUCAUAUUCGCCACCAUUAGUAUCAUCAGGAAUAGGGGGAAGUUUUUCCAGGUCCGGCGCCGGGAUGUGCCACCGGAUUGCCUCACCGACCCAUCCCUAGGCACUCAUCACUUCAUGCCAUUGAGAGAUGUAAGACUUCAUUACGUGACGAAAGGCGAUGAAAACAAUCAGACAAUGCUUUUCAUACACGGCUUCCCGGAGUUUUGGUACUCAUGGAGGCAUCAGAUCCGGGAGUUCGCCAAAGACUAUCACGUGAUCGCAGUGGACAGUAGGGGUUACGGCGAUUCCGACAAACCGAAUGGCAUUCAUAACUAUACGGUCGACAAACUGGUCGACGAUAUCCGGGAGCUGUUGACGGGGUUGAACAGACAACAAGUGGUGCUCGUGGGCCACGACUGGGGAGCUAUCAUUAGCUGGACUUUUGCCGCCAAAUACCCGGAACUGUUGGACCGGUUGGUGAUAAUGAACGGCUCGCACCCCAAGCACUUCCAGGACGUGAUGGCGCGCAGUUGGCGCCAGUUCUUCAGCUCGUGGUACAAGUAUUUCUUCAAUUUACCACUACUUCCGGAACUGGUGUUACUGUCCAACGACUUGAGUCUGUUGGAGGAGUUCAUGAAGUCGGCCGACGGGCACACCAUGUGUACCGCGGAGGACGUGGAGGCCUAUAAAUACGUGUUUUCCAAGUAUAAUAGCCUCACGUGUCCACUCAAUUACUACAGGGCUGUGAUUAGGAAGUACCGGUGCGAACUGCCCCGUAGUUAUCAUAUCAAAGUACCGGCGCUCGUUAUUUGGGGCAAACGUGAUAUAGCAUUAGUGCCACAAUUAGCCGAAGUGCACCGGUAUGUGGACGACCUGACGGUCCAGUACAUCGAGAAUUGUUCCCAUUGGACACAACAAGAUCAGCCGGUGCUCGUCAAUCAAUAUAUGAGAGAUUACUUAACGAGAGAUUGAGUUUAAAACUUAAUUAAUUGAUCUGAUUUUAUAGCAAUCAAAUAUAAGUG